ACAACAACAAUAGCAGCAGGUUUGAAAAUGCCGUUCGGGAGCGUAAUCAUUAUCAGAAGGGACGGAACGGAUGGGACCUGUUUCCCUUUAACGACCACGACCUGCUGGUUCGGACGGAAAAGCGAAUGCGAUAUCCGCGUCCAGCUCCCUCAGUGCUCCAAGCAGCACUGCAGCAUCGACAUUAACCAGGACAAAGAGGCCGUACUGACUAACUUCAGUACUGUCAAUCCCACCCUUCUGAAUGGAGUUCAAGUGUUCAAACAAGUAACCCUGAAGCAUGGAGAUAUACUAACGAUUAUCGACCGUUCUUUCAGGUUUGAAUAUCCCUCCGAAGAUCAUCCUCAUGGAAAAGCGACGCGACCUCCGGAAACCAAAACCGUGCAGGAGAUCAGAUCCAGAUCUGGACACUCCCGGGAUCCUGAUAAAACCGGGGAUCCGCGGGCCCAAAACGAGGGCGAGCCGCGCCCGCCGGACGGAGACGGGAAGAGGCAGUCUCCGGUGCGAGAGCUCAGCCCCAUCGACAACCGCGGGCCGCCCGUGCAGGGCAGCGCCAAGAAGGAAGCCUUUUCUCCCUUCGGCAAGCUUUACGUUUCGCUGAAGCAGGAGAUCGAAGCGAGAGCGAGGCAGCGCAGCGAUGCCCGCCGCUCCCCGGCCAGAGGGCCCGGCCGCGACGCUCUCACGCCGGCCUCCGCCCCGGCCAAGGAAAACCGGGCCGCCCGCCACCGCGCCGUCCCCCCGGCUCCUCCGAAGGACGGGAGGAGCCCGUCCCGAAGGCAGUCGUCCGCUUCGAAGGAGAACGAGCGGGACGCGCUCUCCCUCCCGCAGGGGAAGGCCACCCCGGAGCGGGAGGGAAGCCGGGCUGCCGCCCCCCCAAAGAUCGUGGGCAUCCUGAAGCGGAAGAGCGAAGCGCAGAGCAUCGACCAACCCCCGGACCCGUCCGAGGGGCAUCCCGUGGAGCACCGGGCCAAGAGGUCGCCGGGCCGGCACCGGGCGUGCAGCCCGAAAUCCGCGCUUCCCCUCAACCCGCGGGCUGCCCCGGCCGGUCCCGGAGAGAGGGAAAUUUCCUCCGUGGGCCGGGAGGAGGAAGCCUCGUCGCGCCGCAGGCGGGGCCGGAGCCGGGCCGGAGGCGCGGACGGCCCGGAGGAGGGGGAGCCGGGAGGGUCCCGUCCGGGGUCUCCGGCGUCCGAGGGGGUCGGCGCUUCCGACCCUCCGGCCCCCGGGGAGGCCCGCCAAGCGUCGGAGGCCGGCGGCCCAACCCCGAAGGCCCGCGGAGCCAGCGCGGAGCGAGGAGGAGGCGGGAGGCCGGCCCGUGGCGGGGCCGAGACCCGCAGGUCGCAACGGAGCAGCUCCGGGAGGUCCGGCCCCGCCGACCAGCCUGCCGGACACAGUCAGGGAGAGUCGUGCUCCCCGAAGUUCGAAAACGGGACCACGGCUUCGUUCCCGUUGCCUUGGACGAAGAGGAAGAGGGUCUCUUUCGGAAGGCAGUUGGAGCCCGAGCUGUUCGAUGAGAGGUUGCCUCCCAACUCGCCCCUGCGGAAAGGGGCCACGCCGACCCCGCUGAACACUCCCGUGGGCAUCUCGGCUCGAGCCCUCAUCAGGAAGUACGGCAUCCAGGCUCUGACAGCGAAGCGCGGGAGUGGGCGCUCCCCCCAGCUGCCCGACCCGUGCUCUCCAACCCCCAGCCCGCGCCGGCCGGCCUUCAGGACCGGUUGCCGGGCCCUCUUGGACCCCAAAUGGUUCAAGUCUCCGUACCUGCAGCCGGUGGCGCGGCUCCCGUCCCCGGCCCAGCCGAAGACCCCGAGGAGCGGCGGCCGCAACCCGGGGACGACGCCGAGGAGCGGCGCCGGGGCCGGAGGGUCGCGCCCGGGCACGCCCCGGCCCCACCAAAGGAGGAGCGGAAGGCUGCUGCUGCACAAGGCCUCUCUGCAGGGAGGUUUCGGAGUCCCGUCGUACGCGGAUAUCGUUAGACUGGGCACGAGACAGGUGCAGAAAUUCAUGGUCAGGAGACGCGUCCUGCAGAGAAAAGUCCGGAGGAAGCCGAAGGCCACCCCCAAGACUCCGGCCAAGGAAGUGGAGAACCUCUUCAGCACGGGGCACGCCAACUCUCCGUGUACCAUAAGGAUCGGAAGAGCUCAUCUUGGCAAGGAACCCCUGAAACCGGUGGCGACAGUUCCAAAAACCGAGGCAGACCAAUUGACCACAGAUUUAAUGCAACCCCAAACGGAGGUUGUUGAAAGCGGUCCGCUUCGAACCAGCAGAAUCAAGGACCAGAGAAAAAGUCCAAAGGUGCUGGGCAGAGAAAGGAGGAGCAGAGCCUUCGCAGACUCCCCGUACAGACUGUGUUUAGGAAAGCUGCGCCGAGUAAGCCUACCUAAGACACUCCUGCUCAAGACUGAUGAGGCCCAAGGAAAGGUGGCUUCAUCUCCUUCCAGUAUUCGGAAGAAGUCAAAAGAUUUGCUAAAGGAUAACAGCCACAGAAAAAAGUCAGAGAAAACAGUGGCUUCCAUAGGAAGCAAAGUGGGGGCGAAGUCCAAACAGACUCCCGCGAAAAAGUUAGAGCCUGCGGAAGUGUUGUCGGCCGUCAAGGGGCUCGUGAGGACUCCGAAGAUAAAGGCAGCUACCGUGGAAGAUUUCACUGGCAUCCAGAGGCUCAUGAGAACUCCCAAGCGGAAGGAGAGCCCCUCUGAGGAGCUCAGGGAAGAUCUCACGGGACUCAAGAGACUUAUGAAAACCCCCAAGGAGAAGUCCCAGUCCGUGGAAGACUUGGCAGGCGUCCAGAGACUUAUGAGAACCCCCAAAGAGAAAGCCAAGCCCGUGGAAGACCUCGUGGGUGUCAAGCAACUUUGGAAAACCCCGAAAGAAAAGGCUGAGCCGGUGAAAGACCUCGUGGGGGUCAAGCGUCUUCUGAGAACCCCCAAGGAGAAGUCCGAGCCCGUGGACGACCUCGUGGGGGUCAGUCGACUUCUGAGAACCCCCAAGGAGAAGUCCGAGCCCGUGGACGACCUCGUGGGGGUCAGUCGACUUCUGAAAACCCCCAAGGAGAAGUCCGAGCCCGUGGACGACCUCGUGGGGGUCAGUCGACUUCUGAGAACCCCCAAGGAGAAGUCCGAGCCCGUGGACAACCUCGUGGGGGUCAGUCGACUUCUGAGAACCCCCAAGGAGAAGUCCGAGCCCGUGGAAGACCUCGUGGGGGUCAGUCGACUUCUGAGAACCCCCAAGGAGAAGUCCGAGCCCGUGGACGACCUCGUGGGGGUCAGUCGACUUCUGAGAACCCCCAAGGAGAAGUCCGAGCCCGUGGACGACCUCGUGGGGGUCAGUCGACUUCUGAGAACCCCCAAGGAGAAGUCCGAGCCCGUGGACGACCUCGUGGGGGUCAGUCGACUUCUGAGAACCCCCAAGGAGAAGUCCGAGCCCGUGGACGACCUCGUGGGGGUCAAGCGACUUUUGAGAACCCCCAAGCAAAAAGCUGAGCCCGUGGAGGACUUUGUGGGGGUCAAGCAACUUUUGAGAACCCCUGAGCCCGAGGGCGAGACUAUGGAAGACCUUGGCUGGCUUAGAACCUCCAAGGCAAAGGAGGACGAACCUGCGGAGGAGGAAGAGUCAGGGGAGCAUAUGGAUGAUCUCGAAAGCUGUGAUAGACACCCCGAGGAAAAGGCAGAGCCCGGGAAAGACCUCACAGGACUCGAGAAGACUCCGAGGACGCCUGCCAAUGAAACGGAAUCGCGUCAGCCCUCCGAUCUGCCUGACAGCCAGACGAAGAAACCCACCCCUGGAAAGCCAGCGCCUCAGGGCGAGAGAAACGCCAAGCCAAGAGGCCGGUCGGGAGAGGAUUCGGCCAUGGCUCACUCGCCGCAAGUCACGGAAGAGGCGGGGAUGCAGGAAGAUUUAACUAAGAAGUCUGUCAGGCAAAAGCAGGGUGAAGGAAUUCACCCCGAAGAAAUCCCGGACAAAACUCCCCGGAGCCGCACCUCCUUAAGAUUGAAAAGCCAAAGCCAAAUCGACAAAGACGCUCGUCUUCCAAGCUCGUCCGAAGAGUCGGUCCCCGAGGUGCACAGCCCCACCUCCCCCGAGAUGCAGAGCGCCGGCGAUGACACUUUCGGAGCCAGGUUGGGACAAAGGAAGAAGAUUUCCAAGAGGCGGGAAGACGACGCCUCCUCGGAGGUCCUGGCUCGGCCACACAUUCCAGGCGAGGAAUGCAUGGAGACCUACGUGGUGACCAAAAUCAACCCAAGGGGCCAAAGAACCGCGGAGCGCAAGGACUCGGGGAAGAAGCUCAUCUCGAUAGACUUUGUCCCGGAGAAGACGGAAAUCCUCUUCAACCCAGAGUCUUCGGUAGCGGAAGCAAGUAGCCUGCUAGGGAGGGUUCAUUUCCAACUCGAAGAACCCGGCUCUCUUCCGAGGGGACGGUCCGGUAACUCCGAAGAGGGCAGGCGUGGAGUCUCUCCGAGCAGCCAGCAGGGAUGCCUCUCUGCUGAGGGGAAAGCCAGUCCCUGCUUCCCGUCUCUCACCGGAAAGCCGUGCUUACGGAAGAGCAGCGGUGGGAGAGAGGAAAUCCUCCGAGAGAAAGUGGACACGUCCAAAGUCACCGCCUCACCGUCCGAGGGGAUUCCAAGGAGCUCCGGGGCCAGGCGAGGCCCGGCUGAUGCCCAGGAGGAAAUUUCCGGCGGGCCCACGCUCACCAGAAGCAGGAUGAAGUCCAGGCUCGCGGAGAGGAGGGGCGAGGAGAUGGCCGCCGCGGAGAACGCCACCCGUAAGCCUUUGGAGACCAGAGGGAGGGCUUCCAGAGCCAGCAAGGAGGAGCCCGGGGCCCUCAAGAGUGUCCCCAGCAAAUCCGGCCCCUCCAGAUUAAUUUCCCUCCGGUCAGUGGGGGACACCCAGCCUCUCAACCGAGAGAGCGCCAAGCCUUCAUCCGGCCCCCGGGCCCAGCCGCCCUCGGGGUACCCGAUCCGGGCAGCGUCUGCGGCCGGGGCGGAAGCGAAAGCAGCUGCCCUGCUGGAUGGAAGGCGGCCUGCGACGGCCGGAGCGGAGACGGGGAUGGGAGGCCCGGUCCGGAUCGCGCCUCACCCUCCCGUGACGCCUCCGCCGCCGGAGAAGCCCUCCAUUCGGCUGAGGAGAUUUGGGAGGAAGGAGGCGGGCGUGACCGGUGACAACAGGCCGGCCGAAGCGGGGGCGGCCGAGGCCCCGGCGGCCCGGGCAGAUCCGGCCGCCUCGCAGCCCAGCGGGUCCAGAUGGCUGAGGGGCAAAGAGCCUGACUCCAGCGAGGCCUCUGCUCAAGAAGAUUACUCCAGCUUCUUCGAGAGCAGCAGCGACCUGCCUUCCAGCCAGGAAACCACCGAGGGCCCUGGGCCCGCCCUUCCGACCGUCUCUCACCCUCCCUCCGGCCCGGCCCCGUCACGAACCACCAGGUCGAGGAGGCUGAGGGGAAGGGAGCCUGACUCCAGCGAGACCUCGCCUCCCGAAGAGUACCCCGGCUCCUUCCAGAGCAGCGGCAAGCGGCCUUCCAGCCGGGAAACCACCGAGGGUUCCGGGAAAUCCCUUCCCACGGCCCCCCACCCUCCCGAGGUCCAGGCCCCCUCACGGGCGACCAGGUCCAGAGGGCUGAAGGGAAAGGAGGUCACCUUCAGCGAGGCCUGUCCUCGGGAAGAGCAGCUCGCUGUGUCUGAGACCAACAGCGAGCAACCUUCCGGCCAGAGAACCACCGCGGGCUUGGGAAGCGCCCUUCUGAAGGCCCCUCGCCCUCCCGCUGGCUCACCCCCCUCACGAACGACCAGGUUCAGGAGGCUGAGGGUGAAGGAGCCCGACUCCAGCGAGCCCUCUCCUCCCGAAGAGUACUCCAGCUCCUUCGAGACCAGCAGCGACUUGCCCUCCAGCCGGGAAAGCAGCCAAGAAGCCAUCGAGGGCUCCCGGAACACCCUUCCGACGGCCCCCCACCCUCCCUCCGGCCCGGCCCCGUCACGAGCCACCAGGUCCAUGAGGCUGAGGGGAAAGGAGCCGGACUCUAGUGAGACCUCACAGCCCGAGGAAGACUCCAGCUCCUUCGAGAGCGGCAGCAAGCGGCCUUCCAGCCUGGAAACCGCAGAGGGCUCUGGGAAAGCCCUUCCGACACCCGGACACCCUCCCAAGGGCCCGGCCCCACCACGAGUGACCAGGUUGAGAAGGCUGACGGGCAAGGAGCCGGACUCCAGAGGGUCCUCUCCCCACGACGAGCGCCUCGGCCUGCCCGAGGCCAACCGCAAGGCAUCCUCUGUCCCGGAAACCGCGACCGGCGCCCGGAGACUGAGGGGAAGAGAGGCUGACUCCGAGCGACCUUCCGGCCGGGAGGCUAGCAAGGCCUUGGAGGAUGCCCCCCAGGUAGCCCCUCACCCUCCCGCAGGCCCGGCCCCCCGACCAGCGACCGGCUCCAGGAGGCUCAAAGAGAAGGAGCCUGGUCUCGGCGAGCAUUCCUCUCGGGAAGAGCGCCGCGGCCUAUCCGGGACCCGCAGCGAGCGGCGGUCCGGCUGCGAAGCCGUCAAGGGCUCGGGGAAAGCCCCCCAGGCGGAGCCAGCCCCCUCACGGACCACCAGGUCCAGAAGAGUGCCGACGAGGGAGGCGGAGGUUACCGUCGGCCCUCCCUCUCGAGGAAAGCCGGGCAGAUCUUCCCCGGGGGACCCAGGGAAGGACUCUGCGCCCGAGAAAUCGGGGGCCGAGGCGGAGAGGGCGACUCUCCCAACCACCCUGCCCAAGCUCUCUGGCUCUCAGAGAGCCGUCCGGAAGGCCGCCGACUCGACCGCUGAACCCCUUCCUCGGGCGGGAAAUCGGGACCGGGAAGGAAGCGCCGGAGCGGCGGGUGCCAAGGCUUCCGGACCGGAACACCUGCCCCUCGUGGCCCCCUCGCGCCUGACGAGAGCGAGGCUGAAGACGGACACGCCGGACCCCCACCUCGAUGGAGGCGAGGACGCGGCCGGCCGGCAAAGCGGAAGGAACAAAAAGGAGAGUCUGGACGACAGGGACCGGGUUCCCAGGAUGCGAACAAGACAAACCAGGGAAAAAUCCAAUUAAUUACGCUGAGCGGCAGGCGUCGAAAGCGUCGCUCGGUGCUUCAUCCUAUUUGGGUUUUUUGUCUAAAUUUUUAGAAAUGUGAAUUUGUACAUAGUUCCAACCGGUUGAUUUGUGGAGUGGUUCAUCUUCUGAUAUUUCGUCACACGGAGUGGUUCUUCCUCUCAGCCCGUGGAGUUGCUUUCUGGGCUUCUUUGGGCCUUGUCCAACCAAAGCGUGGGGAAAAAACUCGGCUUUUCGUUUUCCUGCAGGGAUAUAAUUCAAAGAAAUCAGCUACUGAAGGUCUUAUUUUUCAUGAAACUCUUUUAAAAAAUGUAUAUGUAUAGAGCGAUCUUUUUUAAGAAAAGAAGUACAAGUCUUUUUCAGCUUUAUUAGAAGAGGCUAUGGUUUUUA